AUGGGCGUCACCAAUGGCAACAGCUCCAUGGCUGCUAAACAUGACGAACUUCCCUCACAUUUCAUCGGCGGUAACCGUCUGGAUCAAGCACCCCCGAGCAGUGUGAAGGAUUUCGUCGUUGAACAUGGCGGUCACUCCGUCAUUACCUCUGUCCUCAUCGCCAACAACGGUAUCGCCGCCGUCAAGGAGAUCCGCUCCGUGCGGAAAUGGGCUUACGAGACCUUUGGCAACGAGCGUGCCAUUCAAUUCACCGUCAUGGCCACCCCCGAGGAUCUGCAUGCCAACGCCGACUACAUUCGCAUGGCCGACCAAUAUGUCGAAGUCCCCGGUGGAACCAAUAAUAAUAAUUAUGCCAACGUCGAGCUGAUCGUCGAUGUUGCGGAGCGCAUGGAUGUCCACGCCGUCUGGGCGGGUUGGGGUCACGCCUCCGAAAACCCUCGGUUACCCGAGUCUUUGGCUGCCUCGCCGAAGAGGAUCAUUUUCAUCGGUCCCCCCGCUUCGGCUAUGCGCUCCCUCGGUGACAAGAUCUCCUCCACCAUUGUCGCCCAGCACGCCGGUGUUCCCUGUAUCCCCUGGUCCGGUACCGGUGUCGACGACGUCGAGGUUGACAGCAACGGUAUCGUGACCGUCCAGGAUGAUAUCUAUAACAAGGGUUGUACCUUCUCUCCUGAGCAGGGUCUGGAGAAGGCCAAGGAGAUUGGUUUCCCCGUCAUGGUCAAGGCCUCCGAAGGUGGUGGUGGUAAGGGUAUCCGUAAGGUCGAGAAUGAGGAGGAGUUCACCUCCCUCUACAACGCGGCCGCCAACGAGAUUCCCGGAUCCCCCAUCUUCAUCAUGAAGCUGGCUGGAAAUGCCCGCCAUCUGGAGGUCCAGCUGCUGGCUGAUCAGUACGGUAACAACAUUUCCCUCUUUGGUCGUGAUUGUUCCGUCCAGCGUCGUCACCAGAAGAUUAUCGAGGAGGCUCCCGUCACCAUCGCCAAGCCCAACACUUUCCAGGCCAUGGAGAAGGCCGCCGUCAGCCUGGGUCGUCUCGUCGGUUACGUCUCUGCCGGUACUGUUGAGUACCUGUACUCUCACUCCGACGACAAGUUCUACUUCCUCGAGUUGAACCCCCGUCUGCAGGUCGAGCACCCUACCACCGAGAUGGUUUCCGGUGUCAACUUGCCCGCCGCCCAGCUCCAGAUCGCCAUGGGUAUUCCCCUGCACCAGAUCCGCGACAUUCGUCUGCUCUACGGAGUUGAUCCCAACACCUCUUCCGAUAUCGACUUUGACUUCUCCAGCGAGGAGAGCUUCAAGGUCCAGCGUCGUCCCCAGCCCAAGGGCCACACCACCGCUUGCCGUAUCACCUCUGAGGACCCUGGUGAGGGUUUCAAGCCUUCCAGCGGUACUAUGCACGAGCUGAACUUCCGUUCUUCCUCCAACGUCUGGGGUUACUUCUCUGUCGGUACCGCCGGUGGUAUUCACAGUUUCUCCGACAGUCAAUUCGGUCACAUUUUCGCCUACGGUGAGAACCGUUCUGCCUCCCGGAAGCACAUGGUUGUUGCCCUCAAGGAGCUGAGCAUUCGUGGUGAUUUCCGUACCACUGUCGAAUACCUCAUCAAGCUGCUCGAGACUCCCGCUUUCGAGGACAACACCAUCACCACCGGUUGGUUGGACCAGCUGAUCUCCAACAAGCUGACUGCUGAGCGUCCUGACCCCAAUGUUGCCACCAUUUGCGGUGCUGUGACCAAGGCUCAUCUCGCUAGCGAGGCUGGUGUCGAGGAGUACCGCAAGGGUCUUGAGAAGGGUCAAGUCCCCUCCAAGGAUGUCCUGAAGACUGUCUUCCCCGUCGACUUCAUCUACGAGGGUUACCGCUACAAGUUCACCGCUACUCGCGCUGGUCUGGACAGCUACCACCUCUUCAUCAACGGUUCCAAGUGCUCCGUUGGUGUUCGUGCUCUGGCUGACGGUGGUCUGCUGGUUCUGCUGAACGGCCGCAGUCACAACGUUUACUGGAAGGAGGAGCCUGCUGCCACUCGCCUGAGUGUCGACGGCAAGACCUGUCUCUUGGAGCAGGAGAACGACCCCACCCAGCUUCGCUCUCCCUCCCCCGGUAAGCUGGUCAAGUUCACUCUUGAGAACGGCGAGCACGUCCGUGCCGGUCAGGCCUACGCCGAGGUUGAGGUCAUGAAGAUGUACAUGCCUCUGAUCGCCCAGGAGGACGGUAUCGUUCAGCUCAUCAAGCAGCCCGGUGCCACCCUCGAGGCUGGUGACAUCCUCGGUAUUCUGGCUCUGGAUGACCCCUCCCGCGUCAAGCACGCCCACCCCUUCACUGGGCAGCUGCCUGAGAUCGGUGCCCCUGUCGUUGUUGGCAACAAGCCUCCCCAGCGCUUCGCUCUGCUCUACACCAUUCUGGAGAACAUCCUCCGCGGUUUCGACAACCAGGUUAUCAUGGGUGCUACCCUCAAGGAGCUCGUCGAGGUGCUGCGCAACCCUGAACUCCCCUACGGCGAGUGGAAUGCCCAGUCCUCGGCUCUGCACUCCCGCAUGCCCCAAAAGCUUGAUGCUCAGCUCCAGACUGUCGUUGACAAGGCCAAGGCUCGCAAGGUCGAGUUCCCUGCCAAGACCCUCCAGAAGACCAUUGUCAAGUUCAUCGAGGAGAACGUCAACCCUGCUGAUGCUGAGAUCCUGAAGGCUACCAUGUUGCCCCUGAUCCAGGUCAUCAACAAGUACCUCGAUGGCCUCAAGACCAACGAGUACAAUGUCUUCAUCGCUCUGCUCGAGCAGUACUACCAGGUCGAGAAGCUCUUCUCUACUGGCACCAAGCGUGACGAGGAUGUUAUCCUGAAGCUCCGUGAGGAGAACAAGGAGGAUAUCGUCAGCGUUGUUCACACCGUUCUGUCCCACAGCCGCAUCGGCUCCAAGAACAACCUGGUCCUCGCCAUCCUCGACAUGUACCGCCCCAACCAGCCCAACGUUGGCGAUGUCGGCAAGCACUUCAAGCCCAUCCUGAAGAAGCUGACCGAGCUUGAGGCUCGUGCCGCUGCCAAGGUCACCCUCAAGGCUCGUGAGGUUCUCAUCCAGUGCGCUCUGCCUUCCCUCGAGGAGCGUCUGUCUCAGAUGGAGCACAUUCUCCGCUCUUCCGUUGUUGAGUCCCGCUACGGCGAGACCGGCUGGGAGCACCGUGAGCCUGACUUCGGUGCCCUGAAGGAGGUUGUUGAUUCCAAGUACACCGUCUUCGACGUUCUGCCUCGCUUCUUCAUCCACCAGGACCCCUGGGUCACCCUAGCCGCUCUUGAGGUCUACGUCCGCCGUGCUUACCGUGCCUAUACCCUCAAGGCGAUCGACUACAGCGCCACCAAUGAGCCUCCCUUCCUCUCCUGGGACUUCACUCUGGGCAAGCUUGGCCAGCCCGAGUUUGGCUCUGUCUCCUCCACCCAGCCCUCUGCUCCCGGUACUCCCACCACUGAGAUCAACCCCUUCAAGCGCAUCAACUCGAUCAGUGACAUGUCCUACAUGGUCAACGACCCCUCCACUGACCCCAUUCGCAAGGGUGUUAUCAUGCCCGUUCAGUAUCUUGAGGAUGCUGAGGAGUUCCUGCCCCGCGCUCUGGAGGCUUUCCCCAAGGCCGGUGCCGCUAAGCGUCCCGAGCAGGGUCUGAUUGCCAACCUGGAGGGCAAGCGUCGUCCCACUGUCAAGACUGACAACGACAACGAGCUCACUGGUGUUCUCAACAUCGCCAUCCGCGACAUUGAGGGAGACGAUGACUCUCAGCUCGUGGUCCAGAUGCAGAAGAUGCUUGAUGACAACAAGGAGGAGCUGCUCGCCCGCCGCAUCCGCCGUGUCACUUUCAUCUGUGGUCGCGAGGGUGUCUACCCUGGCUACUUCACUUUCCGUGGCCCCGCCUACGAGGAGGAUCUGUCUAUCCGCCACAGCGAGCCCGCUCUUGCUUUCCAGCUUGAGCUGGGACGUCUGUCCAAGUUCAACAUCAAGCCCGUCUUCACUGAGAACCGUAACAUCCACGUCUACGAGGCUAUCGGUAAGGGCCCUGAGAACGACAAGGCUGUUGACAAGCGCUACUUCAUUCGCGCUGUUGUCCGCCCUGGUCGCCUGCGCGAUGACAUCCCUACUGCCGAGUACCUGAUCUCGGAGGCUGAUCGCCUGAUGAAUGAUAUUCUGGAUGCUCUGGAGAUCAUUGGUAACAACAACUCCGAUCUGAACCACAUCUUCAUCAACUUCUCCCCCGUCUUCAACCUGCAGCCCACCGAUGUUGAGCAGGCUCUGGCUGGCUUCCUGGACCGUUUCGGCCGUCGCCUCUGGCGCCUCCGUGUCACCGGUGCUGAGAUCCGCAUCCUCUGCACUGACCCGGUCACCGGCAUGCCCUACCCUCUCCGUGUCAUCAUCAGCAACACCUACGGUUUCAUUAUCCAGGUCGAGCUGUACAUUGAGCGCAAGUCCGAGAAGGGCGAGUGGAUCUUCCAGAGCAUUGGUGGCACCACCAAGCUGGGCUCCAUGCACAUGCGUCCUGUCUCUACUCCUUACCCUACUAAGGAGUGGCUGCAGCCCAAGCGUUACAAGGCUCACCUCAUGGGAACUCAGUACGUGUACGAUUUCCCCGAGCUCUUCCGCCAGGCCUUCCAGAACAGCUGGACUCGCGCUGUUGAGAAGAUUCCUUCUCUGGCCAGCCAGCGCCCCGCCGUUGGCGAGUGCAUCGACUACAGCGAGCUUGUCCUCGAUGACACCGACAACCUGGUCGAGGUUUCUCGCGAGCCCGGUACCAACAGCCACGGUAUGGUCGGAUGGCUCGUCACUGCCCGUACUCCCGAGUACCCCCGCGGCCGUCGCUUCAUCAUCGUUGCCAACGAUAUCACCUUCCAGAUCGGUUCUUUCGGUCCCCAGGAAGACAAGUUCUUCCACAAGUGUACCGAGCUUGCUCGCAAGAUGGGCAUUCCUCGCAUCUACCUGUCUGCCAACUCUGGUGCCCGUAUCGGUAUGGCCGACGAGCUGAUUCCCUUCUUCUCUGUUGCCUGGAACGACGCUUCCAAGCCUGAGGCUGGCUUCAAGUACCUCUACCUCACCCCUGAGGUCAAGAAGCGCUUCGACGCUACCAAGCAGAAGGAGGUCAUCACCGAGCUCAUCCACGAUGAGGGUGAGGAGCGCCACAAGAUCACCACUGUCAUUGGUGCCAAGGACGGUCUUGGUGUCGAGUGUCUGAAGGGCUCUGGUCUCAUUGCCGGUGCCACUUCCAAGGCUUACGAGGACAUCUUCACUAUCACCCUGGUUACUUGCCGUUCCGUCGGUAUCGGUGCUUACCUCGUCCGUCUUGGCCAGCGUGCUAUCCAGGUUGAGGGCCAGCCUAUCAUCCUGACUGGUGCCCCUGCCAUCAACAAGCUGCUGGGUCGUGAGGUCUACACCUCCAACCUGCAGCUUGGUGGUACCCAGAUCAUGUACAAGAACGGUGUCUCGCACAUGACUGCCAACGAUGACUUCGAGGGUGUCGAGAAGAUCGUUGACUGGAUGGGCUUCGUUCCCGACAAGAAGGGUGCUCCCAUUCCCAUCCGCCCCUGGUCCGAUGACUGGGACCGUGAUGCGUACGACCCUCGCUGGUUGAUCGCCGGUAAGCAGGAGGAGGAGGGCUUCCUGCCCGGUCUCUUCGACAAGGACUCCUUCGAGGAGGCUCUCGGUGGCUGGGCCCGCACCGUCGUCGUUGGUCGCGCCCGUCUCGGCGGUAUCCCCAUGGGAGUCAUCGCCGUCGAGACCCGCUCCGUCGAGAACGUCACCCCUGCCGACCCCGCCAACCCCGACUCCAUGGAGAUGAUCUCGCAAGAAGCCGGUGGAGUCUGGUACCCCAACUCAGCGUACAAGACGGCUCAAGCCCUUCGCGACUUCAACAACGGCGAGCAGCUCCCUGUCAUGAUCCUAGCCAACUGGCGUGGUUUCUCCGGCGGCCAGCGCGACAUGUACAACGAAGUCCUCAAAUACGGCUCGUACAUCGUUGACGCCCUCGUCAAAUAUGAGCAGCCCAUCUUCGUCUACAUCCCUCCCCACGGUGAACUCCGCGGCGGAUCCUGGGUCGUCAUCGACCCAACCAUCAACCCAGACCAGAUGGAAAUGUACGCCGAUGAAGAAGCCCGCGGCGGUGUCCUCGAACCCGAGGGAAUCGUCAACAUCAAGUACCGCCGCGACAAGCAGCUCGACACCAUGGCCCGCCUGGACCAGACCUACGGCGACCUGCGCCGCUCCCUGGCCGACACCACUCUGAGCAAGGAGCAACUGUCCGAUAUCAAGGCCCAGAUGGCCCAGCGUGAGGAGCAGCUCUUGCCCGUGUACAUGCAGAUCGCGCUGCAAUUCGCCGACCUGCACGACCGCGCCGGCCGCAUGCAAGCCAAGAACACCAUCCGCCAACCCCUCCGCUGGCAAAACGCCCGCCGCUUCUUCUACUGGCGUCUGCGCCGCCGUCUGAGCGAGGAGCAGAUCGUCAAGCGCAUGGUCGCUGCCAAGGCUGCCAAGUCUGGCGCCGAUGCUCCCCAGACCCGCGCCUCGCACCUGGAGACUCUGCGUGCCUGGACCGGAAUGCUGGACGACGAGAUCGAGCACGACGACCGCAAGGUCGCCAUGUGGUACGAGGAGAACAAGAAGGCUGUCCAGGUUAAGGUCGAGGCGCUCCGGACUGAGGGUGUUGCGGCUGAGGUUGCGCAGUUGCUGAUUGGCAACAAGGAGGGUGGUUUGCGCGGUGUGCAGCAGGUUCUUUCUAUGUUGCCUGUUGAGGAGCGCGAGUCUGUGCUCAAGUAUCUUGGUUCUUCUUAG